AUGGCCAUCAAAUCAAUCUUUGCCCGUCAGAUCUUUGACUCCCGAGGAAACCCCACAGUUGAGGUUGAUCUCACCACCGAAAAAGGUGUUUUCCGUGCCGGUGUUCCCUCAGGGGCUUCAACUGGUGUUCAUGAGGCCGUCGAGCUUAGAGACGGCGAUAAAUCUCAAUACCUAGGAAAAGGUGUCUCCAAGGCCGUCGAUCAUGUCAACAACGUUAUUGCUCCCAAGUUGAUUAGCUCCGGUCUAGCAGUAACCGACCAAAAGGCUGUUGAUGACUUCCUCAUCAAGCUCGACGGCACUGCCAACAAGGGUAAGCUUGGAGCCAACGCCAUUCUUGGCGUUAGUAUGGCCAUUGCCAAGGCUGGUGCAGCCGAAAAGGGAGUCCCUCUAUACGCUCACAUCGCCCAAUUGGCUGGUACCAAGACACCAUAUGUUCUCCCCCUUCCCUGCAUGAACGUCAUCAACGGUGGAUCCCACGCCGGAAACGCUUUGGCCUUCCAAGAGUUCAUGAUCCUCCCCACGGGUGCCACCUCAUUCCAACAUGCCAUGAAGAUUGGGACAGAGACUUACCAUGCUCUAAAAAGCGUCAUCAAGACCAAGUACGGAAUCGAUGCCACGAAUGUUGGUGACGAGGGUGGCUUUGCUCCUAAUGUGCAAGGCGCAGAAGAAUCGCUGGAAAUCUUGACCGAAGCAAUCAAGAAAGCUGGUUACGAAGGCCAGGUCAAGAUUGCACUUGAUGUUGCGUCAUCGGAAUUUUACAAGGAUGGAAAAUACGAUCUCGACUUCAAGAACCCCAAGUCUGACCCAUCCAAAUGGUUGACGGGUGUCGAGCUUUCUGAACUUUACAUCAAAAUGAUCAAGAAGUACGGUAUUAUCUCGAUUGAAGACCCCUUUGACCAAGAUGAUUGGGAGGCUUGGCAACAUUUCACAAAGAAUGCCGGCAUUCAGAUUGUCGGCGAUGACUUGACUGUCACCAACCCUCUUCGCAUCAAGACUGCUAUCGACAAGAAGGCUUGCAACGGUCUAUUGCUAAAGGUCAACCAGAUUGGUACGAUUACCGAGUCGAUCGAAGCAGCACGUCUUGCUCAGUCCGAUGGAUGGGGUGUUAUGGUCUCCCACAGAUCCGGAGAGACUGAAGAUACCACCAUCGCCGACAUCACCGUCGGUCUCGGCGUUGGUCAGAUCAAAACUGGCGCACCUGCCCGGUCGGAGCGAGUCGCCAAAUACAAUGCCUUGCUUCGUAUCUCUGAUGAGAUCACACAGGCAGGCCAGUCCGUGGUCUACGCCGCUGACAAAGGAUUGAGCGUUGGAACGACUGCCCCCGCCCUUCUCAAGCAGUAG